AUAUAUAUAUGCCUUAUGACGAACAUAAAAAAACUUAUACUCUGCAAAUUAUUAUAAAAUAAUUAAUUGCAGUGAACUUUAUCGAAAAUUGCACAUCAAACUCCUUUGGUUACCUAUUAACGCAUUAAUCAUCGCCGCAUUUAAUUCUUUUACGGAACGAACUCUGGUUGCCCAAGGCUCUUCUCACUCCUUUUUAAAAGAAUUAUAUCACAGCAUAUUAUCUCCACGGUAACUGGGAUAAUCUCACUCUUCAAAUUAUCUUUGUUUAAAAGCAUUCACGCUUUCUGAGUGACCUUCUCACACAUAUUUCAAAUUAUUUCAAAUAACGUGUUUUAAAGCAUUAUCAAUGAUUGUGCACGAAACCGUGAACCAUUUACAGCGUGAGAACACAUUAGAAUAUCCGCUUUUACGACGGACAUGUCCCACAAUUUAUCAGACGUGACAUUUUAACGUAAUGUUUACCCAAAAACACGCUAGAUAAUAGAAGACCGAUAGUGGGGGGGUAUAACUUAGGAAGCGUAAUGGGAAAAUGACUAACGAAAGACUCAAAGUAACACUUUGGGUAUAACUCUAAUUUUCUAUUGCUUGGUUUACGCCAUCGGAAUCCUCGCAUUUUCCGCAGGUUUCAUGACCGGCGAUAGUUUCUUACCGUCGCGCAACUUCAUGGAAGUGAUACCGGAAAUCGAGAAGUCCGAGGUGUUCAAGAUUCUGCGCGACAUGCCUAAGGGUGCUGUUCUCCACGCUCACAGUACCGCUAUCGCCUCGCUCGAAUAUCGGUUCAACCUGACUUAUCGCGAAAAUCUGUACGUGUGCGAUGAGAACAGCAAUCUGCGGCUCAAAUUCUUUGACGUGCCCGGCAACGAUUGCAAUUGGAAAUUGCUGAGCAAGGUGCGUGAAAAUCCAACCCGGGCCGACGCUAUUAACGAGAAGAUCAAGCGGUCCAUGACCAUGGUCACAGAAAACCCGAACAGCGUUUACAACACCGUCGACAAGGCAUGGGAGAAGUUCGAUAGCGUCUUCAAGGCGUGGAGGUUCCUCGUAUCGUACCGACCCGUCUUCGAGGACCUCCAUUAUCGCAAUCUCCAGGAACUCUACGAGGACAACGUGAUGUACGCAGAGAUACGAUCAACGCUGACGUCGAUAUACGAUCUCGACGGUAAGACGUACGGGUCGUACAAAAUGGUGCAGAUCCUCAAGAACGUUACUGAUAGGUUUGUAAAGGAUCAUCCGGACUUCAUUGGUGCUAAGAUCAUAUACGCGCCAGGACGUCGCGCCAACCAAGAAAAAGUAGAGAACUACCUGACAACGUUGACGCAGCUAAGACGUUUCUAUCCGGAUUUUAUCGCUGGUUUCGACUUGGUCGGCCAGGAAGACAAGGGGAAAGUCCUCAGAGAAUUUGCCAACACAUUGGAUACCGUUGAACCGGGAAUUCCAUUUUUCUUUCACGCCGGCGAAACGAAAUGGUACGGAACGUCGACCGACUACAAUCUCUUCGACGCUAUCUUGCUUGACACCAAACGCAUCGGCCACGGAUACGCGUUAACGAAGCAUCCGCUCCUCUGGAAAUUAGUGCAGCAGUUAGGCAUCGCAGUGGAAGUCUGUCCCAUCUCAAACCAGGUUCUCGGUCUUGUGGAGGACAUGAGGAAUCAUCCCGCGGCCAGUUUAUUCGCAUUGAACUCGCCCGUGGUUAUCUCUAACGACGACCCGGCAGCCUGGGGUGCUAAGGGACUGAGUUACGACUUUUACGAGGCCUUCAUGGGUAUCAUGAGCGCCGACUCAGAUCUCAGGAGUCUCAAGCAACUGGCGAUUAAUUCAUUGACUUACAGCAGCUUGAGCAAACAACAACAGCGGAGUGCGUUGGACAAAUGGAAAGUCAAGUGGGACGCCUUUGUGGCCAAACUUGCUAAUUACGACAAUUAGAGCAGCAGACGUGAAAAAUGCCUCAUCCUUUUUCGUUAAUAUACGCAAAGAUAAAAAGAUAUUCCCAACAGAACGGUGCCAUAAUCCAAAAAUAUUCUCAGAAUAUUUAUAGACAAUAUUUUUUAUCUAGUUUAGAGCCUACAGUCUUGUGUUCUUCCAUGUUUUUAGUGGAACCAGUACCACCAACACUGCGUAUCAACUUUGUAGAACUGCAUUUUAUCUUAUAGGAUUCUUACAAUUUUAUAUAUGAAUCACUACUACCUCGUCACAUUUUUUAACGAUGCACCUAACAAUGCACCGUUAUACUUAUAAUAUGCGUCCAAUGGAUAUUACUAUUAUUGCGAAAUAAUAGAUCUUUUGAAAAAAAUACUGCGCCGUAUUUUACGUUUUGUUUAAUAAGAUAUAAGAUUAUUUUGCACAACAAAAUAAGUGUUACUUCUUUCAUUAUAUACAUACGACAGUCGAUUAAUUGGAUGCUCGCUGCAGGAAAUUGUAAGCUGAAUAAGAAGUCCUGCAAAUCUGCGGAAAUAAGAUAUUACAUCACGGCGAAACGCGUAAGAAAAAUCUAUUUAUACUCAUGUUAAUUUGCGCACUUGUUUCCUGCCAUAAUUCAAAAGCGCAGAUAACUAUCGCAAUAAUUUUUAUACCUCAAACACGAAUCUCGCAAUACACGUAAAAAAACAUACAUGUAAAUUUAUGUUUUAAUUAUUUUUUACUAA